UCCGCUCGCAUCAGUCGUGGUUGAUAACUGUUUCGGUGUAGACGUAUGUAACGGCCUUUUACGUUCCCGCGCACGAACAUAAUUAAAUUUAACGUAUUAAUCGCGGCGAAUUUGUGUUUGUGUAGUGUUUUAAAAUAAAAUUAGUGUUCGACAAUCGAGAUAAUUUGCAACUAGUGGUUUUGUCUCAGUGCGCUGCGCGAUUGGAUUUUUUUCGUCUUGUUUUUUGUGAUGGCGUAGCGUGAUGGAGGGGGAGUGCUCUGAGGGCGCGGAGGGCUGGCUUCUAGUUCGGGUCCACGUGCCCGAGCUAAACGUUCAGAAAAGCCUGCAGUUCCCGAGGGAUCAGCUAGUUUGGGACGUGAAGCAACAGUGCCUUGCCGCCUUGCCUAAGGUGGCAACUUGGUACAGGGAGUUGAAAGAGAGUUUCAACUAUGGUCUUUUCUGCCCUCCUGUCAACGGGAAGGCGGGUAAAUUUCUCGACGAGGAACGGCGACUCGGCGACUAUCCUUUCAAUGGACCUGUAGGAUACCUUGAGCUGAAAUACAAACGGCGCGUUUACAAGAUGUUGAAACUAGACGAGAAGACACUGAAGGCUCUGCACUCGCGCGCAAAUCUACGAAGGUUCUUGGAACACGUCACGCACGGACAGAUCGAUAAAAUCACUAAAGCUUGCGCCAAAGGACUCGACCCCAAUUUCCACUGCCAAGAGACGGGAGAAACACCAUUAACAAUAGCCGCCGGUCUAAAGUCGCCCGCGAAGAUUCUUAUAGCCCUCGUCAACGGCGGUGCGUUACUCGACUAUCGAACGAAAGACGGCAGCACCGCUAUGCACAGAGCCGUCGAGAAGAACUCCCUAGAGGCCGUGAAGACUCUUCUGGAGCUGGGCGCGUCGCCAAACUACAAAGACGGAAAGGGAUUGACUCCUUUAUAUCUAUCGGUGACGAACAAAACGGACCCGCUGCUCUGCGAGACGUUGCUGCACGACCAUGCGACAAUCGGCGCCACCGAUCUACAGGGGUGGCAAGAAGUUCAUCAGGCUUGUCGCAACGGCCUGGUUCAACACGUGGACCAUCUGUUGUUCUACGGUGCCGAUAUGAACGCCCGCAACGCGUCCGGGAACACUCCGCUGCACGUGUGCGCGGUCAACGCGCAAGACUCUUGCGCCAGACAACUCCUCUUCCGCGGAUGCGACAAGGAAGCGCUCAACUUUGCCAACCAGACGCCUUACCAGGUGGCUGUCAUAGCUGGAAAUUUGGACUUGGCCGAAGUGAUUAAAAACUAUAAAUCUGAUGAAAUCGUUCCGUUCCGGGGUCCGCCCCGGUACAACCCUCGGAGACGGUCGGCGGCGGGGGGCUCGCUGGGGGGCUCGGCGGGGGGCUCGCUGGGGGGCGCGUGGUGGUGCAUGCGCUCGGCCGGGGACCGCUCCUCGCUGGCGUCGAGUACGCGCGUCCCCGCCGCGCCCUCGCCCUGCAGCCUCGAGCGACCAUUCUCGUCUGCCUCCUCAAGCAUCAGCGACGCCAGCCACCCGAGCCACGAAGACGACGCCAGCAUACUCACAGAUAAGAGCGCCGGCGACGCUAGCGACAUCAUAUCGGACUCGAGCGGGGUGGGCACCAGCAACUCCGACACCACCACGUGCUCGCUGCAGCCCUCCAGCACCGCCGUGUGCCUGCAGCCCUACGAGGGCGCCGCCCCUGGCCAUCUCAGGCUCAACCAGGGCGACAUCGUCGAAGUGACGGCGGCCUCCGACGACGGGCUGCUGGAGGGCUGCGUCAGAGGCUCGGGCGCCGCCGGCCUGUUCCCCGCGCACUGCGUGCAGGAAGUGAGGCUCCGGCAGAACAACGUACAUUUACAUCAAGUGCUAGCAUCAGGUCCUAUCCACCAUUCGCGAGUGACUGGCAGAAGGGAGAUGGCGCUUAGCAAAACGUAUAGUGCAACUGCGCCCAGGAUAAAGAAAUCGUACGGCGGCAUGGAGUGCCGCACGGUGGUGCUGCACCGGGCGCGGCGCGGGUUCGGCUUCGUGCUGCGCGGCGCCAAGGCGUCGUCCCCGCUCAUGGAGCUGCGCCCGUCGGAGCGCUGCCCGGCGCUGCAGUACCUGGACGACGUGGACGCGGGCGGGGUCGCCGACCGCGCCGGCCUCGCCAAGNCAAGAGGUGGUCGUGUGGUCAGGUACGGCGGCAUGGAGUGCCGCACGGUGGUGCUGCACCGGGCGCGGCGCGGGUUCGGCUUCGUGCUGCGCGGCGCCAAGGCGUCGUCCCCGCUCAUGGAGCUGCGCCCGUCGGAGCGCUGCCCGGCGCUGCAGUACCUGGACGACGUGGACGCGGGCGGGGUCGCCGACCGCGCCGGCCUCGCCAAGGGGGACUUCCUCGUAGCGAUCAACGGCGAGGACGUGUCGGCCGCGUCGCACGAGCACGUGGUGGAGCUCAUCCGCAACUCCGGCGCGCUCGUCUCCAUGACCGUCGUCUCGCUCAGCUCCUCGCAAGGUGGGAACGAGGGUAGCGCGUGCGCGGUGCCGGCCGGCAAGUCCCAGAGCCAGCUGCCCAACAGUGGGAGGCCGUACGCCGCCACCUUACCUAGGAAAGCAGCCGGAGGCCGCAGCCCCGCGCCCGCGCCCCCGCGCCGCGACCCCCGCACCACGCUCAGCGUGGGCCGCGCGCGAGCCAAGUCCAUGGUCGCCGGACUCGAGAACGGCGGCGAGAAAGAGGAGAGCUGCGAGCCGCUGAGCGCCGCCGGGAAGUCCUCAUCAGCAGAGUCUGUACAGCAGCCCGGCGUCGCCAGCGCAGGCGGGGCGGGGGCGGCGCCGCGCACGGCGUCGGUCCGGCAGCGGCCCGCGUCGUCGCGCAUCACGGCCGCCGAGCUCGAGGAGCUGUUCCAGCGGCAGGCCGUCGCCGACGCUCCGGGUGGAAACAAUGCGAUGAUGAUACGUUCCGCCUUCCAAGGAGGAGCGAACUCACCGCCCUAUUCGCCGGCCAAAGGACCCGGUAAGGUGUACGCUUCCGUCGCCGAAAUGAAGAGGUCUCGAGCCAAGUUGUGGAGCAAGUGCCCCGGCACGCUGCGGCGCGAGUUCCACUCGACGCCGGACCUGGCCGCCGAGCUGGCGCCGCACCCGCCCCGCACGCGCUCCACCGACGACGUGCACGGUUGCGGUCGCGUGCCCCCCCCGGCGCACCCCCCGCCGCCGCCCCCCGGGUCGGUCCCCGCGCCCCCCGCGUCCACGUUCCGCCCGGCGGAGGACGCCAAGCUGUACGCCGCGCCCGCCGCCCUGGCGCCGCUCGCCUAUCGCGCGCCGCCGCCCGCGCACAACAAUCGCAAGACGGUGUCGGCGCGCUCGUGGGCGGGCCCGGCGCGCGCGCGCUCCGCCGACGAGGGCGGACAGUACGCGCAACCCUUCCCCAAGGGCUUUGUCAGACAGAACUCGACGCCUGCGCCGCCCAUCCCGGAGCCGGACUACAGCAUGUCCGAGUCGGACGAGGAGGACGCGGCGCGGCCCCCUCCCGCCGCCGAGACCAGCGCCAACAGCAAUACCAGUGGCAGCAGCUCGGGGUCGAGCUCGAUGCAGCACUCGUUUUCGGUGGACGAGAUACAGAAGAUCCGCACGAGACUGAAGUCGUCCAAGUCGUGCGGCGACGAGCUGGGCGGCGCCGAGCGCGACGACGGCGACAACUCAUCCUCCGGCGUCUCCUCGGACCAGGAGGCGCAGGCGCGGCCGCGGCGGGACAAGGUCUCCUUCUGCAGCUCCGUCACCGUCAAGUCGUCCAACGACGUCAUCAGCACCGAGCCCGUGCACAGCUCGUCGGAGAGCCUGGCGCCCGCCGCCGGCGUCAUGCAGCGCCACAACUCGCUCACGCGCAAGCGCGCCACGGCGGCCGUGCUGCGCGGCGCGGCGGGCGCGCGGGGCCGCUCGGCGGCGGAGCGGCUCGGCGUGGACGUGGACAAGGCGCCGGGGCGGCGGGCGCGCGCCGCCGUGUUGCUGGCCGAGCUGCCGCCCCCGCCGGAGGAGCCGGCCGCGGCGGCGGAGGGCGGCGCCCCGCUGCUGGCGCCGCCGCCCCAGUUCAGNCGCGGGGCGCCGGGGCGGCGGGCGCGCGCCGCCGUGUUGCUGGCCGAGCUGCCGCCCCCGCCGGAGGAGCCGGCCGCGGCGGCGGAGGGCGGCGCCCCGCUGCUGGCGCCGCCGCCCCAGUUCAGUGACCGCGUGCGAGUGGUGGCUGCGCUUCCGAAGCAGCUGGCCCGUCUGCAGUGA